CUUGAUUAUCUAGACUCCCUGUGACGGGUGCGGCUUCUGUCCUUCUCCUUCUGUGCUUCUCUGUCUGCGCUGCUGUGUUUCUUUGUGGAUUUCGAAAUUUGUUAAAAAAGAAGGAUUUUGGUGUAAAGUUGUACAUUAUAAGGACAGUUGAUGUAUGAUGACUUACUUUCUUGCAUUCUGUGCAUUUAAUGUAUGUGCUUUAACAAGCAUAUUGUGUUCAGAUUGUGACUUCAACUUCGUUGCAACCAGUGGCGAGAUAUCAUCCCCUGAAUUUCCUUAUCCUCCUUCUCAAGAUUCAAUUCGAUGCCAGUAUAUGAUUACCGCCUUGGAAGGAAAGCACAUUCAGCUGCAGUUUCUAGAAAUUCUUCCGACUGAUUCAUAUCGGGCAGCAGGAUGUUUAUCUGGAGGUCUUAAGAUCUACGAGCUGUGGCAAGGGAAAUGGUCGAGAACGGCGUAUUAUUGCUUUGGAAAUAAAGGGAUAUACAUUCCUUAUGUAUCCCGGCAGAGCAACGUUCGUCUUGUGUACAGAGCUAGGAACAGGCGGACGGCUUUUAAAUUCAAACUUCGGUUCAAAGUGCUCGAAGGUCUCAAGAUGGAGCUUAGUGCACAAGAAGGGCUUGUUGUAUCUCCUCAUUUUUUAGUGAAUUCUUUUCCUCAUCAAUUCAACUACACCUACCGCAUAAAAGCUGCAAAUGGAAUGAAAAUCCAUCUGUUUUUCUCCCGCUUUGGAAGUGACAUUACCUGUGAGAGCAGCCCAUUAGAUAUCAAGGAUGGAGAAUUCGAUUCUGGAAAAUCAGUGGCUAAUGUUUGUGGAAAGCAGUUCCAAUCCUACCUGUCAUCAACAAAUGUUAUAACGAUGAGCUACAUGGCUUCGUUUAUAACAACAACAACGGUUAAAAAAGAUCUUGGCUUUCAAAUAUAUUACUCUAUUGGAAUGAAAGGCUGUGAUAAAGUUUUCAAUGGAGCAUCUGGUAGAAUUUAUUCACCACUGUAUGGAAGUCUUUAUCCAGAGUACGUCAACUGUAGCUACAAAAUCGACACUGAAAAGGGCAAACUUAUCUUCCUAAAUCCAUCUUUUGAUAUGCAACGGGUAGCAAAGUUUGUUCAAAUUGUGGAAAAAAGGAACGGCUCGGAUAUUUCUACCGGUUUUCUUCCCUACUCUACCUAUUAUUCGUCCGGAAACGCAGUUAAGGUUACCUUUCAUUCUCAAAACAACAGCGACUACAGUGGCUUUUACAUUGACUACAACUCAACAAAUGGCUGCAAUUUAGUGUUUCGUGACAAGAAAUUUUCUGACGACUUUGCAUCGAAUAGCUUUCCUAGUAAUUAUACGAAUAAUAUGGUUUGCAAUUAUACAAUGCUCGUAUCAUCAGAUGAGGAGGAUAAAAAGUACACUACAUACCUCUUCAUAACGAGUUUGGAUCUGGAAUGGAGCCCAUCGUGUGAAGCUGACAGCCUGUCUGUGUAUGACGGACCUGACGCAAAUGCAAACAUUCUAGAAAAGUUUUGUGGAUCUACUCGUAGACGAAGUGUGAUUGCCAGUGGCAAAGAGAUGUUUGUUCAAUUCCGAUCCAAUGACAGGGUUACUGCAAAAGGAUUCCGAGCAUACUUUUUGCGAACAUCUAUUAGUUGCAACAAAACCUAUGACUUUACGAAAAACAAAAUUAGCUCUCAAGGCUUUCCGAAUCAGUAUUCAAAUAGGCUGUCAUGUACUGUUGAAAUACUUGGAGUGCCAGGAAGCAAUGUCACCCUUAACUUCUCACACUUUGAUCUGGAAUGGAGUAAAGAUUGUUCCAAAGACAGUUUGAAAAUUUUCGAAGGACCUAUUUCUAAUCAGAAAUUGGUUUCAAAAAGAUGCGGAAAUGACGUCACCCCUUAUAUUUCGCAAUCUUCAACCGUGAUUUUAAAAUUCAAGUCCGAUGAUACUAUUGCAAAAACAGGAUAUAGUAUCAAUUAUGAUGCUUGCAGGUUUCUCUAUUCAAGUCAGAAUGGAACACUCUACUCUCCAUAUUACCCUUCUCAUUACAAAGGAAACAUGUUAUGUUCGUAUCUGAUUCAAGUACGAAAUGGCUACAAAAUUAAGCUUAUAUUUCGCCAGUUGGACCUCCAGUUCUCCUAUAUUUCAAGCGACGAGCUCAGAAUAUAUAAUGGAUUGAAUUCUUCAGCUCCACUGGCACGCACGAUAAAGGGAUCGCUAUAUCGCCGUAGGUCGUACCCUUUCACGUCAAGCAGCAGCACAAUUUAUUUGGAAUUCAGAUCUUACCAACAAUCGGACAAUAAGCCAAAAGGAUUUAAAGUGGAUUUCUUUGAAAAUCAUGAGGUCUGUAAGAAGCUUAUGCCAUGUGGCAACAAGGGUCGGUGCAACGAUUUGCCUUACGGUGAAUACAAAUGUGACUGCUAUGGUAGGUUGUCAGCUGGUAUCAACUGCACCAAUGACAUUGGACUCUGUGGAUCAAGUCCAUGUCAGAAUGGAGGAGUUUGCUCGAACCUUUAUUACUCCAAAAAGUACAUUUGCAAUUGCCCUGGUAACUUCGGAGGCACCAAUUGUGACUAUGAAUACGGUAAAUUCAGUGGAGGUGACGGCCUUGCACCUUGGGCAAUUCCCACAAUAAUCGGUGUAUGUUCAGUUGUGAUUUCAUUAAUAGUUGUUGGUAUCCGUCUGUAUUGCAAACGGCGAUCUAGUGGAUUGCAUCAGCAGAACAUAUAUAGUCAACCAAAAUAUCAACAGGAAUCCGCUAUGUAAUCCGAAUGAAUCACCAAGUCGUUUUUGUUUUAUUGUGAAUGCACUUUUUCAACUAACGGCCUUGUUUUUGCACUGCUCCAAAUCUUCGUUGUACCACUUUAUGUGGUUAAAUUAAAAUUAACCACGAUAACUUAUUCCAGAUUCAGUUUUUCAUUUAAAAAAAAACAAGGAAUUUGACCGCAAAGCAACGUUUUCACCUUAAGUUGCUAAACGGUCAAAUUUAGUAGAAUUCUUGUAAGAUUUUUCAUCAUAUAAAAUUUAAAUAGAAAGCACUUGUCUCAUGAAAGCUGACAUGCAGACUUAACUGAAUUGUUCAGUUUUCAGAAUUGAUGGAAUAGGUAUGAAGCCAAGAACCAUUGCAUGUGAAAUCAUUUCAAGUUUGUCUAUCCUUAGCCCAUGCUUGUCAAAUUAGAACCCCUUUCAAACGUACAGCAAUUUGAAGCAAUAUCCUAUGACCCUUCAUUUUAACUUCACCUUUAAUUAACUCCCUAUGUUGUGGAACAGAAUUACCGUACCCUGUCCAACUGUCCAAUGUUGAAAUUAUUGCCCAUUGUGUAAGCCGAAAUAAUGAUGACAAAAGAAGACCUGGUACUAGUUUUGAAGGCGAUGUGUUUCAUGUGUGACCUUUUGAAAGUGUUUGUAUUUCUCGAGUAAACUUUAACUUUAUUGGAAUCAACUUGGACCCGUUUCUGUACGUUUGGCUGUUGUGAUUCGUCGCAUAGAUGUUUAUGUUGCAAUUAUAAACUAAAAUCUAUGUUCGUAAGUUUGAUUUUGCAUGUAUGUUUUUAUCU